AUGGCAAUCUCUGAAGAGGUUAAACGCCAGAUUGGCCAGCACUUCGUUUUCGGAUUUGAAGGUUAUGAGCCAAAUGAACACAUCACCAAGCUAAUUCGCGAUUAUUAUGUUGGAAUCUAUCAAGGUAUCCCUCAGCUUCACAAUUUGAUUCAAAGACUACAACAACUUGCCAAAGACUCUGGACACGCUCAGCCACUCUUGAUAGGUAUAGACCAGGAAAAUGGUCUUGUCUCUGCGUUUAGCUCAACAUCCAAACCCGAUGCUGGCACUCAGUUCCCGGGAGCAAUGGCGGUUGGCUCGACUGGUGAUCCGGAAAAUGCAAGAAAGGUGUCGAAUUCGAGCGGUCGUGAAAUGCACCUUGCAGGUAUCAGUUGGGCAUACAGUCCAGUCGCUGAUGUAAACUCCGACAUCCGAAAUCCCGUCAUAGGCGUCCGUUCAUACGGAGAAGAUGCGAGAGCAGUUUCGUCAUUUGUCUGUGCACUGUCGGAUGGUUAUGUUUCUGCCGGAAUUGCGUCCUGCGCAAAGCACUUUCCUGGACAUGGGGAUACGCAUGUCGAUUCGCACCUUGCACUACCGGUAGUCACUAAGGACCUGGCCACUCUGGAGCAGACCGAGCUAGUUCCUUUCCAAGAUGCAAUUGCGAAUGGUAUUCCUAGCAUUAUGACGGGGCAUAUAGCACUCCCACCUCUCAUCAAAGCACUCGGUGCAGACAAAGACGAGAGAGUUCCCGCUUCGCUCUCCCGAGGAAUCGUCACGAUAUUACUACGAGAAAAGAUGGGAUUCAAAGGUGUUGUCGUUACCGACUGUUUCGAAAUGAAUGCUAUUUCCAAGGGGUACGGUAUUGGACCUGGUGCUGUUCUUGCCCUUCAGGCGGAUACGGAUAUUGUCAUGUGCUGCCAUGUCUUCGAAAACCAAGUUGCUGCGGUUGAGACGACUUACACCGCCGUGGAGAGGGGUGACCUGGGAUCUGACUUCCUCCGCCGAAGCGGAGAACGCAUCGCGGCUAUGAAGGAGAAAUUCUGUGGGAAGUGGGAGGACAUCCUCGGAAAGCCGCUUGACACAAAUGCGCUCUCAAUUCUCAAGAAAGAUAAUGAGCGUAUCAGCAGAGAAAUCUAUGCACGUACAUCAAAAUGGCUUUCUAGGCCUACGGACGAUAAAUUAUUGUAUAUUUCUCCACACUCGGAUGUACUCGUCCUUACGCCGCAAAUGGAAAGCAUCAAUGCUGCGGUAGAUGAUCCUCAGGAUCUAUUGCGGAGUGAAGAGGGACGCAUAAGAAACACUGCAGGCCCGUCCUACCUUGCAUUCGCGACUGCAAUAGCACGUCGUGCACCCUUCUCCUCGCAUAUCGUGUACACACCGCUUGAGGCUGUUGAAGGUGGCACUCUCUCCUCAACGCUAUUGCAGUCCAUCUUGUCUGUACAUGCGAUUGUCUUCGCGACACGUAAUGCCCAUCAAUCUGCGUGGCAAUUGGCUGUACUUAGGCGUGUUGUGGAUGUCGUAGGAAAGGCGGCGGGUGCUGGGAAGGAACAACCGAUUAAAAUAAUCGUCGUCGCAAGUUGUGCCCCAUACGAUCAUGCCUUAUUACAGGCAGACGAAGCAACAAAAGCAUUACCCUGCCUGUGCACUUACGAGUUUACCAAACCGGCCUUAGAAGAGGCAGCAACGAAACUCUACGGAGAAAAAUUUGUGGAAUAA